CAGACUGUUCCAAAUUCAGUUUCGGAAUUAUAUCGCCGAGAUUUCGCCGAGCGCGCCAUUUAAACCGAAAGUGUGCUUAUGGACAAAAGUUACUACUUGGAUAUGUAAAGGACUUGUGUUCGACAGUGUUUUGUGGCAUUGUGAAAUAUAAUUAAAAAAGUGACUUAUUAAUAAAAAUGAUUGACGACGUCCAAAAAUGAAGUGAAAGAUAUUGAUGAAACGAUAUUUAAAGAAAAUGGGUACACUUAUUCGAAAUAUUGUGAAAUGUGGAAUAUACGCCUUCUUUUUAAUGGUCCAUAUGCCGAUACUGAAAGGAGAAGAAUAUGCUUACUGUCCGAGUUUAUCGAAUAAUCCUCUUUGUCCGUGUAAUAAAUAUAGAGGAGAAUUAUUUUUGGAGUGUCCAAGUGCUACUUCCAGCGUUGUUAAGAAUGUACUGACAAAGAUAAAAGGAAUUAUUCAUUCGUUAUCGAUAUAUAAUUUAGAACGUUCGACGACAGAAUUGAGCAGGGAUUUCUUUCCUUCCCACACAAAAAUUAAACAUUUAAAAAUUACAAAGACUGGCAUAAAUAAAAUUAACCCCAAUGCUUUUACGUCAUUACGUAAUUCGCUGAAAUCGUUAAGUGUAAUUGGCAGCAAAUUAAGCAAAAUUCCGUAUGAAUCUAUUUUCAAGCUAUUUAACAUUGAAGCGCUUGAUUUUCAAUUCAAUGACAUUAAAUAUAUUCAAGCAAAUACUUUUAAAGAUCUGAAAAUAAAAGAAAUCAACUUGAGUGGUAACAAAAUAGCUAAUAUUUCUGAUUAUGCAUUCCAGACAUUAGAUGAAAUCUUAAUUGAGAUAGACAUGAAUGAAAAUUUUUUGGAAACAUUUCCUUUACAGCCUCUUGGAAAUUUAAGUAAACUAAUAAAACUUAAAUUAGCUUCGAACAAAAUAAAUUCAAUUCCUGAAAACAUCAAUGUUACUAUACCUAACCUAUCAAAUCUAGAUUUAAGUUCAAACUUGUUUACCAAAAUAGAUAAAAAUUGGUUUAAGAGUAUGCCUAAUAUAAAAAUCUUAAUUUUGAUGAGUAAUGAAAUUCAUGAAAUACCUGAAGACGCAUUUACUUAUUUAUUCAAUAUAGAAAUAAUAGAUUUAAGCAAAAAUAAAAUUGUAAAUGUAGGAAAAAAUACUUUCAGCAAAAACUUAAAUAUAGGCUCUAUUGAUUUAAGUUAUAAUCAUUUACACCAUAUAAAUGGUUUAUUCAGUAAUCUUAAGCAACUUUAUGAGGUAUUAUUAUUCGAAAACAAUAUUUUCGAAAUACCGAAUGAUGCAUUUAACAACACAGUGGGAUUAAAAGUUCUUAACAUAGAACAUAAUGCUAUACAAUUGCUACGUCCAAACUGUUUCGAUUCAUUACAAAAUCUAACGAUGCUGCACAUGGGAUCAAAUUUUAUAAAAGUACUUCCAAAGAAUAUAUUCAGCUUUAAUCGUGAACUUACAAUUAUAAGCUUAGAUAGAAAUAAAAUUCAAGAUUUAGAUGUUUCAGUAUUUGAAAAUUUGGUCGUCAUUAAAGCAAUAAGAUUACAAAAUAAUGAAUUAAGUCAUAUCAAACGAAAUGUAUUUAGCCCACUUUCAGAACUCUCAGAAUUAUUUUUGCAAGACAAUGUAAUUAAAAAUAUUGAUUCUCAUGCUUUUAUUACACUACGGAAGAUUCAGACUCUUAAUUUGGAGAAUAAUAAUUUAACCACGAUAGGCGAUAUUUUUCCGAAUGGAAAUUCUUCAUUAAUAUCCUUACAACUAAAUAAUAAUUAUAUAUCCUUGUUGAAAAAUAGCUCCCUUAGAAGUCAAACAAAUUUAGAGAUUUUGUGGCUAACAGAAAAUAAGUUAAAAGUUUUGACAACUACUUUGUUUAGUGACUUAUUUAAUAUAUUAACAUUAUUGUUACAAAAUAACAGUAUAAUGCAUAUUGAAAAUAGAACAUUUAUGCAUCUUAAGAAAAUAAUGUUAUUAGAUAUAAGUUAUAACAAAAUAAAUGACAUAAGUAAUGAAACAUUUUACAAUCUUGUAACGUUGGAACAACUGUUCCUAAAGAAUAAUAACAUUAAAUAUGUGGCAUGGGAUGCAUUUAAAUAUUUAAUAAAACUUCAAACAUUAGAUUUAUCAGAAAACAAGAUUAUUGUUCUAGAUUUCAAUAUUUCUUCCUUAUCUUUUAAGCAAAUAUGGCUUAACCAAAAUUUUAUAUCUUUAAUUGAUGAAAAGUCAUUACAGACACUGCAAAAUUUAAAUGAAAUCGAACUAAAAAACAAUGUACUUACAUGGGAAGAUAUUAUUUGCAUUCGAAUACUGGGAUUAAAAUCUCUCGUUGUUUCUAAUAAUAACUUUACGCAUUUAGAUAACAAAACUUUUUCACAUUUAAUUUCGCUACAAUCACUUACAUUGGAAAUGUCAAACAUAUCGCAACUACCUCCUGCCAUAUUUAUGAAGAAUCAAAAUUUACGAAGAGUUAAUUUGGCUCAUAAUAACUUGAAAGACUUAAACAAAGAUGUAUUUGCUUACACAAACAUAUUACAGGAAUUGAAUUUAAAGAGUAAUCGCUUUACAGACUUUCCUCACGAUGCAUUAUUCCAUGCUACUUCGCUCGAGGUUUUAGAUUUAUGUCACAAUCAAUUACAAGGCAUUGACUUCUUUAAAUUAGUGGGAUUGCACAAUUUACGGACUCUUAAUGUGUGUCAUAAUCGCAUUUCCGUAUUGAAUGGUUUUGAAUCUCCGUCGCUUAAAAAUUUGAUAAUAAUAAACUUGAGUCACAAUAUGAUAACAGUUCUUCCAUCGAACUUCUUACAACAUUCAAUAUUUUUAAAAGAAAUAGAUCUAUCACACAAUUUUGUUAGGCAUAUUCCUAGUAAUAGUAUGUCAGAAAUGACUUUUCCAGGUGUAAUUGUAUUAAAUAUAUCUUCAAAUUCUAUAAAACAACUGUUAGAAACAUAUCCGAUUCAGCAAUUUCCACAUUUAGAGGAAUUAGUUGUUACAAAUACAAAUUUAUCUAUUAUAACUAGUAAGGAUUUUGAAAACUUUAAUUCUUUAAGGAAACUAGUAUUAACACAUAAUUUAAUUACAUUAAUCUCGCCUAGUGCGUUUUUGAAUUUACAUAAAUUGGAAACGUUGGAUUUAAGUAAAAAUAAAUUAGAAAAUAUUCCUACAGAGAGACUUCAAGGUUUAUACUCAGCUAAAUUAAUAAACAUUUCUCGCAAUACGAUCAGGGAACUGCAGGACUUUGCAUCAGAUUUACAGAUAUUAGAGAUUUUGGACCUAUCUUUUAAUCAUAUCUCGAGAAUAACUAAAGAUGUUUUUCAAAACCUUGCCAACCUCAGAGAACUUUACUUAAGCGACAACUGGCUAUCAAAAAUAGUAUCAGAUAUAUUUUCAAAAUCAAAAACAAUUGCAUAUAUUGAUUUAAGUCGAAACUACUUUCAAAAGAUACCAUUCGAGAUGCUACGUUCUUUAGAAAUGCAGAUUGAAACGAUCGCCUUUGAUGAAAACCCUAUGGCUUGCAACUGCGAAUCGCAAGACCUUUGGAUAUGGAUGCAAGAUCAUAAAAAAAUUACUUUACAAGGAAAUACAAAGCUACGAUGUGAAUAUCCAGAGAAUCUUUAUGGUUUCAGAUUUUUAGAACUCCCGUCUCAGAAACUUUGCGAUAUACCUGUCGUAAUCCGUAUAGCCAUACAGGACAUUCAGACGUAUUCGGUUUUAGUUUCUUGGCACAGUCGCAAUCAAAGUGGCUUAAAUGGAUAUCAAGUAGCAUACUUCAGGGAGCAAAUGCCAACAAUGAUAAGAGGCAAAGUUCUGAAUUCGACGGCCAGAUCAACGAGAUUAAAUCAUUUGACACCAGGAGCGCGAUACGUAAUUUGUGUUAUCGCUGUCGGCAAUUUUAGAAAUACCGUAGUAUCUUCGACGCCCAAUGCAAGAAUAGCGUCUCCAUCUAUGGAAAAUUCAGGAAUGAACUUAUAUGGUGAUGAACAAAUUUUCAAUAAUUUUCGAUCGUAUAUGAAUGAUUCUUACACUAGUAAAUGUACCAGUGUAAGCACAAUUGAAAUAUUUAGUGGAGCGUUAGAUAGUCAAUUUUCUAACACUUACAUGGCUAUUGUUGAAAUGUUGACAAGAAGACUUAGUUUGGUUGUGGGCUGUUGCAUAGGACUUUUAGUAUUUAUUGUAAUAUUGUCAGUUUUAGGACAUAUGAAGAAGAAAAAACGACCGGUUGUACCCAAAGAUUUCGUUCAGCAGCCUCCUCAAUACAUUUCUUAUGAUAAUUUUACUGUGCCGAAUGUUGAAGUUCAGUCAACAGAUAUCGAUUUAAAUACUAUUUUUAAUAAAACAUACAACACAAUUUAG